AUGGAGUUUGAGCAGUAUUUAAGCAAACUUCCAGAAUAUGAUUUUGCGAUAACAUACGGUUCGGGAGUAUUUAAGCAAGUCGGGUACUCCGAAAAGGACCACAAAAAUGCGAUGCUUGAUGUUAUCAUUGGCGUUAGGGAUCCCAUUGAAUGGCAUCGAGUGAAUAUGCAGCUCAAUCCUGAACAUUACUCCUUUUUCCGUCAUCUCGGGAGCUCAACAAUCGCAAAGUUAGAAAAUUUUGGACUGGGACAUGUUUACUACAAUACGACGGUUAUGGGUCCGAAAGGGCAUGAAAGGCCAGUGAAAUACGGGGUUAUUGAAAUGGAGAAAUUGAAGCACGAUCUUCUUGAAUGGGAUUCUCUCUAUGUUUCGGGAAGGCUUCAAAAGCCAGUCCGCUUUGGGUUAUCGAAUGAUCUUCCAGCUAUCAUCGAUGCAAUGAAUCAAAAUCUACGAAACGCCAUUCUGGCUGUUCUUCCCCUCCUUCCUUUUCAAUUUUCGAGCUACCAGCUCUUCAUUGCCAUCACGCGUUUGAGUUACAACGGAGACAUUCGCACCUACUUUGCCGAAAACCCCCACAAGGUGCAGAACAUCGUUGAAGGCAAUUUUGACAAUUUCUGCCAACUCUACAAGCCUUUUCUCGCUGCUUGUCCGCUGAUCCAUCCGAUCCAAGGUCGCGAUGGCUGGUUUGAACAAGACGUUUCCAUUCCGAACCUGGCUCGGAUCGCUGCUUCGCUGCCUUCAUCGCUUCAUUCCUCGGUGCGAGCGCAGCUUGCGUUCGGUCCGCGUACUGUGAACGUGGAGGGGCUGUCUACGGAGCUCUUGCGCGACUUGUAUGAGCGACGCAUGACGGCUUUGUUCGAUCCGGGGAUGAAGAAUGAGAAUCUGAUUGCUGCGAAGGGAGCAGUGGCGCGAGGAAUCCAAAUGGGAGUGCGAAGAGCGGUGUUCCGAGGAAGUGUGGAUCAGGCGGUGCGAGGGGUGGCGUCGUUUGGAGUUUGGAACAGCGUGACGUAUGCUGCGAAGAAGAUAAUGAAGUUUUUGAAAUGA